GCCGAGUAUGAGGUAAGCUUAGUCCGCUCUGACUGCCGUUUCGAGGCGUAUCUGAAGGAAGAUUUUCGGGAGAAUCUCUUUUCGAAAUUAACGAGGAAAAAUAGGGUUUAACGAAGAUGGGAGGCAGUCAAAGCAAGAGAAAACUGGUCCCCAACCGCCCUCUCACCCGCCCACAGAUCGCCGAGGAAGCGCCGCCCACGAGCACCCGCCCACGCCCCGUCCGCCCCACGCCCAAGGCCUCCGGAAGUGGGCGUGGUGGCAGCCCGAAGCCCAAGAUGGUUCCUCCUGAUGGGGGGUGGGGGUGGAUGGUUGUGUUCGGGACGGCUCUGACAGUGUUCUUCUUCCCCGCCAUGACCGUGGCCUUCGGCGUUCUGUUCAGCGAUCGCCUCGAGGAGAUGGGAGCAGGCAAGACCGAAUUCACUAUCAUUGGAAAUUUGCUGAGCAGUGUGUGGAGUUUCGUGGCUCUGCUGAUGGCCCCGAUAACCGAAUUAUUUGGAUAUCGGAGCGUGACGAUCGUAGGCGGCCUUCUGUCCUUCAAAACCAUGCUGCUCUCGGCCUACUGCACCAACCUGACCUCCUUCACUUUCUCCUAUUCUGUUCUCGGGGGUAUUGCCGGAUCACUAUCAACUUUCAACGGGUUCGCUAUUAUCCCUCAGUAUUUCCAGAAACGAAAAGGUUUAGCCAACGGUAUAGUGGCUUCAUGUUCGGCCUUGGGAAAGAUUGCCAUGGCCCCUUUACUUCGUCUGUUGCUUGACGUCUACGGGUAUACCUGGGCAUGCCUCAUUGUCGGCGCCCUGUCACUACACACCUGUUUUGCUGGCAUGCUGUAUCACCCGCCCGAAUGGCAUUUAGUUCCCCAGAAAGACCAAGACCCAGAGAUCGACGCCCCGCUUCCGAUGCCCGGCAGCCUCAGCUCGACAGACGUGGUGAUCUCGGAGAACGGCAUCGUCGAGGAGCAUCGUCAUGGCCAGCAGCCUCAGCCUCAACGACAGGGCGAGAGGAAACGCAACUCUACCCCGGGCGCGAGGUCGAUCGAAGAGGAGGAGGAGGAAGAGGAGAAUGUGCUCUUCGUGAUGCCCGCUACGGCGGCUUCUGCGACGGCCCCUCCGUCAGGCCCGAGGAGGGACGACGAGGUGGUCCUCUUCUCGAGACAGACUUCGAAGGCGGCGACGGCGAAAGGCGUUUCCGAUUCGGGCUUGAGGAAGGUCGAUUCAGCGAUGUGCCUAGGGAGUUCGAUUCCCAUGUUGAUACCGAUUGAUAACAAGGUCUAUCAAGAGGACCAGGGCCACGGGAAGAAGAGUUGCUGUGACGAUUUCGUGGUUGUGAAGGUCUUCACGAUGCUCAAGUACUCACUCCUCAAAGACCCCUACUUCCACCUCGUCGCAUGGCCCAACGCCCUCUGCCUUACUGCCUACGUCAACUCCAUGUACGCGCUGCCAGGCUACGUAAAAAGCCUCGGGUACACACCUUAUCAAAGCGCUUUUGCCAUUUCGGUGUUCAGUGUUAGUGAGGCGGUCCUGAGGCUCACGAUCGCCGUUCUCUCUGACAUGAACUGGUUCCCUAUAGAGGCUGCCUAUACCGCUGGCUUUAUUUUUGCUGCCUUGAGCACUGGGCUACUGCCCCUCAUCCCCUCGUACGAGUGGAUCCUGACCUGCCAGGUGUUCAACGGGCUGGCCAUGAGUCUCGCCAGUGUCCUGUUCAUCCACGUGGCCCUCAAGUAUCACCCGGUGGAGAACUACGCCCAGGUCAUCGGCUUCUGUUCCAUCUUUAAUGGGAUUUCAUUGUUUUUCCUUGGGUCGGUUAUUGGAUUCGUAGCUGACAAGCUGGGGCAUAAUGGGGCCUACUACCUCAUUGGGUCAAUUGCAGCCGUUGCAGCUGGUAUAUGGAUUGUUCGACUUGUUUGUACUUUUAGAAAAGAUUAUAAAUCAGUCCCUGCGCCUUCUCAGUAAUAGUUGUUAUCUUUUCGAAUAGAUUAGAAUAGAAUAGAUUUUUUCUCUCUCUCGCUUUCUUUCGUUCAAUACGUGUGUGUGUGUUUUGUUUGUUCGUUGAUUUGUUCCAAAUGGGUUGUAUAUAUCCUUCUUUUCUCUUAUUUAUGAUUUCAUUUGUGUUAUGAUCGUGUCCUUUUCUAGUUACUUUUGUUUUUUUUAUCUUCAUUAUCAUCAUCAUCAUCAUCAUCAUCAUCAUGGUCAUCCAUUCCCUCAUUCUUCAUCUUCGUAAUAUUUUUUUUUUCUUCGCCUUUCUUAAUUUCUCACUUCACUGUUUUUCUUCUCAUCUCUUUAUAUCUUUUGAAUUACAAAUGAAUUGACAUAUCUGAAUUACCCAUUAUAGAAAGGGAAUUUAUGUAAUGUGAAUAAUGAGUCUGAAGUGAAUAAAUGGUAAUUAAUAAGAAUAAUUAAAAAUGUAAAUAAAAAUGCAUAAUUUUUUGUAUUAGACUGAGCAUGCAUCUUUUUAUUCAGAAAAACAUUUGUUUUAAGAGUUGAUCUAGAAAUUGGUAUCAGAAUUUAAAACUUAAUUUUAGUGCUAAGUAUAUAUUCUGAUUUUUAUUUUAGACUAUAUGCAUAUUUAUUAUUUUCUCAUAUAGUAUAUAUCAUACAGUGUAUUAUUACACAAGUUAUACCUUAUUGUAUCAACUGUACAUAGUUAUUGUAUUUGUUAAAUAAUCAGUCUAUGAGGUAUAAUGGUAUCAAUUUAUGCCAUAAUGUUUGUAAUUAUAGAAAUAGUUUUUAUUUCAAAAGCAUAAUUUCCACCUUUACUGCAUACCUUGUGAGAGCGUUGAUGGAGCCUAGACUUCGGAUCAAGAUGUCUGUAACAAAUUUAUUAACCAUGGCAACAUCUGCACUUCAGUUCAAUUUGGCAAAUCUCCUAUUUGUAUUGCAAUUUUGUAUAAAGUCUUACAUCAUGAUAUGCUGGUAAUCAUUAAUGACUAACUCCAAUCAACGCCGAAGUCAUGCCUUUAGCGUCACAUUCGUAUCAUUUGUUCGAAAGUAGGCAAUAAUACGGUAUUUAUAUUUUAGCAGAUUUUUUUUUUUCUUUAUAUGGAAAUACUGUAUAAUAAAAAAAUGUUUUAGUAAAAAAAUAUCUGUAAUUUAGAAGGCUCCAGCUUGCUAUGUGUAAUUAAUUCUAAGAUGUACAUAGUCAUAGAAUAAAUCAUUGUAAUUAACCCAGCUCCAGUGGGACAUGCUGUAACAGAUAUAGAAAAAUAAACAUGAAUAUGAAU